AAUAGGCAUCUUAAUCUUACUAGCAAAUAAGGUCCUUGUAGCAUCCACGUGCUUGUAGCCAUCUUACUAGCAAACUAGCAACAUAACUACAGAUACAGGACUGGACAGAAGUCAGCAAACUCUGUAAAUUCUCUACAACUGGCUCAAUAUAGGCAAUAAAUGUAGUAGAAAUGAGAAUAAAAGACAGCAGGACAAACUAUGGAUAUGAUCAACAGCAUGCACUUGAGAAUGCUUGAAACUGUGAAAUAUGCAAUUUAUUCCGGAGUGUGUGCUUCGUCUGCAAGUAUCUUUGGAAAAAUAUCAGGCUUGCCUAUUUUUGAGGGGAACUUCACUUUUAGGAUACCAUUUUUCAUAUGUAUGUUAGUUUGUAACGGUGGCGUUUGGACAUUUUUUGUUAAAGCACUUCAACUAACCAAUUCUUUAUCUGCGACUGUGAUUAGUUCUGCCACCAAUUAUGUAAUAUCGGCAGUAGCAGGAUUUCUAAUUUUCGGUGAAUUUACAUCAUUAUGGUGGUGGUCUGGUAUGUUCUUGAUUAUUCUUGGUGUACUUCUGAUAGUUGCUGAUGAAUCGAAAAAAGAGGUAAAGUCAAGUGAUGAUCCAAGAAGAUUGUAGCAAUCAUGUUUCUACUAUUUGAUAUCUUCUGAUAUACAUUAUAGAUUAAAACUAA